AUGGAAAUCAGCUGUGCCGCGCACCGCGUGCAAUCCGGAAAUGUACAACACAUAUCGGAAAAAUACUUUCGUUCUGCUGUGAAAAUCUGGUUUCAGAACGCGUUUUCACUCUAUGGCGGACUGAUUCGGCUUAAUAUGGAAGCUGCAACAGCUGUCUGCCGUCCUUUAACAUGUCCACAGCUUAUCGAGCAACUCUCUUAA